AUGGAGGAAACACACCGCGCACGUCCACGAGCAGACCACGAUUCCGAUGAGGAGGACAACGAGGAGGAAUGCAUCUCCGAAGUGAUCUCCCCCUUGCUCGAGACCAAGCUGCACGUGACGCACGUGGACCUGCACGUGCCGGACAACACAGCUGCCCACCACACUGACCGCUAUGAGUGCACCAGCGACCGGGUCAGGGAGAGUGACAGUACUGAGCAGAAGGCGCGACUGGUCCUCCGUCGAGGGCAGGAGUUCAAGAUCACUCUCCACUUCGACAGACCUUACGAUAUUCCUAAAAAUGACAUCACGCUCACCUUUCACUUGGAGGGCAGCUACAAGGCAGCACGGACCACCAGCGCCACUAUAAAGGUUGACGAGUCUGGAGAUACCAGCUUCGACAAGAAGAGGUGGGGUGCCUCCGUGGUUCGACAGGAGAACAAAUCUCUGACGCUGUCGGUGUUCGCGCCAGCGUACAUCCCCGUGGGAGAGUGGGACUUCAGCGUGACUACUAUCGUUGACGUCAAGGACGGCGAAGACCUAAUCUGGGAGUACAAGCACAACGAACAAAUCUACAUCAUCUUCAAUCCCUGGUGUAAAGAUGACUGGGUCUACCUGGAACACGAGGACUGGAUGAAAGAGGCUGUUCUCAGUGACUCGGGCGUGUUGUACUUUGGUAGCCCGUAUAGGGUCGGUGCCCGCCCUUGGUGGUUCGGGCAGUUUGAUGACGGCAUCCUGGAAGCUGCCUUGCAUCUCAUCAGGAAGGGUUUCGGCUACGAGGCAUCACCUGCCAUGGGGGACGCUACUAAGGUGGCACGACUUCUGGCCAAGCUGGUGAACGCCCCUGACGAUGACGGCGUGGUGAUGGGCAACUGGACAGGGGAGUACGAAGGGGGAACUUCCCCCUCAACCUGGGUUGGCAGCGUGAAGAUUCUCCGGGAGUACAUGUCCACAGCAAAGCCGGUCAAGUUCGGACAAUGCUGGGUAUUCGCUGGUGUUCUUACAACAGUGUGCCGAGCGUUGGGCAUGCCAUGCCGUAACAUCACCAACUUCUCCUCUGCUCACAACACCGACGCCGACCACCUCAGCGUCGACAGGAUCAACGUGAAGGAUGAGAACGGCGAAUGGAUAGACAUCUCCAACGACUCCGUCUGGAAUUUCCAUGUGUGGAACGAAGUGUGGAUGAGGCGACCAGAUCUGAGCGACAGCAACGAAUACGACGGGUGGCAGGUGAUCGACGCCACCCCACAGGAGACCAGCUACGACGGAGUGUACACGUGUGGUCCGUGUCCAGUGAAGGCCAUCAAGGAGGGAGACAUCAACGUGGGGUCCGACGGUGCCUUCAUCUUCAGCGAGGUGAACGCCGACACUGUGGAGUGGAAGAGGGACGAGAAGACGGGCAUGCUGGUGGAGACCAAGCGGAUCCCCAACAGUAUUGGCUUCUGUAUGUCCACCCACAUCCCUAACGGACGCUCGUUCCGAGGGGAGACGAUGGGCUCCCUCAACUACGGUCCGGACAAGUUGGAGCGUCUGGAUGUCACUGACGAAUAUAAGUACCGAGAGGGUAGUGCCAGAGAACGCAUCGUUGUCCGUAAGGCUGAGAUGAUGUUCCGAAGGGCGGCGGCUUAUCGAAAUGGGUUUGAAAGUGACAGAAGGAAGGCGGCAUUGGAGACCGUAAGCAUUGAAUUGGAACAGGAGGAGGAUAUAUUUGUGGGCAACGGCUUCGAGUUUGUUGUGACUGUCAGGAACUCCGGGAAUGCUGCCCGCACUGUGAAACAGUUGGUUAUCAAGGUGUACUACAAGACGUACUUCGACAUCUACACAGGCAUCGCCGGCGUUAGGAGGUUUGAAGCCUUCCCUGUAAACGGCGGAGAUGCGGUGUCCUACCGGAUCGCUGUUAACGAGGAGCGUGCGGCUAAACGUCCCCAAGAUGGCUUCUACUUUGAGAUCAAGGCUCUAGCAGAACUCAGCGAUACUUCAGCAUGUAUUACAAGCAACAUGGACUUCCGCCUGAGACGUCCUGACAUUGUAAUCGAGGGUCCCGUGAGCUGUCGGCGGUCUGAGAAGAUCGACGUCCAGGUGACCUUCACAAACCCGUUGAAGGUGACGCUCACCAACUGCCAGGUGGACAUCGAAGGGGGAUUCAAAUUUAUCAAACCUUCAUCGGAUAAGUUCCUAAUUCCGAACAUUGGACCUGGUCAGACGUGGCGAGAAACACUGACCGUAGUUCCCAAGCAACAUCCAAAGGACAAGGACGAGAGGGAUCUCACCAUCGGGCUCCACUCCAAACAACUGGAGGACACCAGCGGACAUUACACGGUCCACAUCGACAAGGGAUACUUUUAG